AUGGAAAAUGCUUUUAUCAGGGGAUCCGAUAAAACGCAACGUAAACGCCGUACAAGUGGUGGUGGUAGUUUAAGUAGUGAUGGUAGUGGAAGUAGUGGUGGUAUGCAGGGUGGUAGCGGAGGUAUUCAAACGACCCCACCACCUCUCCCUAAAGAAGUAGUAGCAGUUCAAGGUAUUCGUCUAACUGGAGGGUCGACACCUAAUCAUGGUUAUGUAGAAGUUAAACUCAAGGGUCGUUGGGGCAAGAUUUGUGCUAGAUACUGGACCGUUAGAGAAUCAAGAAUAGCAUGURAUAUGCUCGGCAUGACUGGUAAACCAAGUCCAUGGUCUCCACCAUUGAUAGCAAACCUGUCAACCAUUCUGACUCUAACGAAGUGCCACGGCAAUGAAGCUUCGCUUGCAGACUGUCAACUCGAAGAUCCACAACGAGAAUACUGUCAUACGUUUUUAAUUAGGGGUGUUUCAUGUGGGAAUCCUACAGUUCGCGUUGCUUUCGUGAAAACCAUUGGCAAUGAAUUGCAAGAUCAAAACCAUCAUGUUUUAUCCACAUCUGCCCAACCUAUUACGACAAGUAAACAAACAUCAACAAAGGUCCAUAAUCAGACGAGUCUCCACAAAACCAUCUCACCAAAACAUUGGAAUCUAACAACAACUAAGGUUGAAAAUCAGACGAAUCUCUACACAACCGUCUCAACUCCACCUUUGAAUCUAACAACAACUAAGGUUGAAAAUCAGACGAGUCUCUACACAGCCGUCUCAACUCCACCUUCGAAUCUAACAACAAAUAAGAAUCAAUAUCAGACGAAUCUUUUUCAAAAGAUUGCAUAUUCUCUGCAACCAAAUCCGCGAAUCUCAAAGAAUCACCCUCGUUAUGAUUCCCGAGUUCAUAACCACGCAGAUAGAAAGUUAACAUCGACAAACGCUAAGGAAUCAAGUCCCUGGAUACAACGACGUUUAAAAAGAAGCGUCUACAUUUAUACUGUGACAUUAAAUCGUAGCUGCCAUGCCAACAACGACAGUCAACGUUACAUAAAACCGAUUGUAAUCGUGUACGACUCGAAUUCUGGGCGCAGCAUCGAGUGUACUGUUACCAUGGAUACAAUAAACGAGCAAAUAGCGACGUGUGGCGUUGAAUUCAAAACGAAUACUAUUAAAAUUUGUUCAUCAGAUAAGAGUGUAAUUUUGGAGUUGUGCAGUGAACCAGAUGUAUCGGCUUUCGACAACUUCACUAACAUACGAGGAGUUUUGUUUGAAUUAUGGAACAAGUAUAUGUUGUCUAAAACAACCCCGUUUUUAAWGAAUAAUGAGGUGUUUCGUGGUAAUCCCAAUAUAUCCAGUGUUUUGYCAACCUUUGCUAUUCCUGGAUUUUCGGGUGUCUUAAACUACAGUCUACGAGGAAAAGGUUAUAUUAUGGUCAAUACCUCAGGACUUUACUUCAUCUCAGCUUCAUGUGGCGAUGAAUGUGAAAUAUGGUUAGGAAAAGCCGAAGAACCAGGACUGAAAGAUGAGAUGGAGAGAUACGAUGAGGAGUUGUUGAUUAAAAUCGAAUCACCUACGUAUCCCAUCAGAUACAAAUUGAGCAAAAGCCAAUACAAACAUCGAAACUUCAGCAAAUGUCAUUUAUAUCACAUGGAAGUUUACAUGCGACAGAGGGUCAACCAGGAUUAUCUCACUGUAGUCACAAGGUUACCCGGCCAAAACAAUAUCCAGCUUUUCCCCCAGGAGUACCUGUACUGGAUGAGACCAGGCAAGUGCUGGUUUUUAUGA